AUGUUGAACAAAAUCAGACAAUUGAUCAAAAAAUACACCCGUAGCCAGGACACACCUUCUAUGCGGGUUGAGAUUGCCUACCUAUUUUGGAUUAAGUGUCUGAGUGAUAAAAAAAUCCUACGUAUUUUAAAAAUUCAUGGUUAUCAAAUAGAAUUCAAGAAAUUAUGUAUUAUACGGAAAUCUAUGGGGAUGUAUAGAAGGUUAACGCAAACUGAGAUAAAUGAUGACGCCGAUCAAAAAUUGCAAGAAAUAAUUGAGCAAGAAUUGGAGAGGGGGAAUAUCACUUUAGCCGGUCGGAGAUCAGUCUGGAUGCACUUACGGAAUAUGGGUGUUUUGGCGUCACAUCAUAGGAUAGGACAAGCUUUGAAAAUUGUUGAUCCAAUCGGGGUGGAAAACAGACUGAAGGGUGUCAAUAGACACCAUGCGCAUUUCAUAUGUCCCGGACCUAAUUGGUGUUGGUCUAUUGAUGGGCAUCUCAAACUGCAAAUGUUUGGCAUUGAAAUUUAUGCUGCUAUAGAUGCAUAUUCCCGUUAUGUAACGUGGUUCUACAGUGGAGUUUCUGGCAAGACGGGGGUCAGUGUAUUAAGUCAAUUCUUGGAGGUUAUGCAGAAACAGAAUUGUUUGCCAUUGCAUAUCAGGGCAGACAGAGGGACAGAAACAAUGUUACUGGCGGAAUCUUUCUGGGAGUUACACAAAGAUCAUAACCCAGAUAUUACAUUCCCGGAGGUAUUUUGGUAUGGAACAUCAACAAGGAAUGUCCGUAUAGAAAGUUGGUGGGGACAGCUUACAAAGGGGGCUACAGCCGAUUGGAAGAAAUAUUUCCGUACACUUCAACAAGGAAACCUAUUUCAAGAAGACAGAUUGGAGGACAUGAUAGCUAUUCUUUACACCUAUAUGCCUAUUAUACGGGCCAAGCUACAUCAGUUUGUUGAGAACUGGAAUAAUCAUAAGAUACGGAAACAAAGUAACAGACCCAAUCUUCCCACCGGGGAACCCUACUACAACUACUAUUUUCCACCUGACGGUGUCAACAAUUAUGAGCAAAUACCUUCUCUAAAUACGAUUGAAAGUAUUAGAGAUAAGAAAUUGAAAAAUAGCUACACAAAUGAGUACUACGGUAUAUCAUGA